AUGGCGCCGGCCAGCUCCACUAAUUUUGAGCUUCAAAACAGCUCUUCAGAAACCAAUGGUUAUUCCUAUAAUCUCACUGGUCACGUGAAUGAUCUUAUUUCACAAAUCUCACAUGUUCACUUCUUAUGUCUUUUCAUCCUCCUCCAUCCUUCUCUCCCCACCAGGUCGGAGUGUGUGAGCAGUCUGGGCUCACAGUUUCGUCGCGGGGCUGGUGUGUUGGACAUGGUGUUUGAGUCUCCAUUCCAGCUCUUCACCUGCGGCUAUGAUACUUUCAUACGCCUGUGGGACCUCCGACUCAGCCCACGGAAGUGUGUGAUGGAGUGGGAGGAGCCUCAUGACAGCGCUCUGUACUGCAUCCAGACAGACGGGAAUCACAUGAUAGCCAGCGGCUCCUCGUACUACGGUGUCGUACGACUGUGGGACAAACGACAGACUGAAUGCCUGCAGUUCUUUCAGCUGAGCUCAGACCAAGUGAGCAGCCCGGUUUACUGUCUGAGGUUCACUAGCUCUCACCUGUAUGCAGCCCUGGCCACCGCCCUGCACUCACUGGACUUCAGACAGAACCCCAUCUACAUCAGAUGAUACACACAGACACGCACACACACACACAAACUGAUCUGUUCAAUAAAGCUGUCUAUUUUCACAAUAAAUGUCUUCACCUUUUUAAA